UAUGUCUGUGUGGGUUUUAAAUCAAUGUGCCUGCUUCCGCAGCACAACAGGCUGCUCUGUGAGGGCAGGAACCGGCGCUUGCGCUCACCAUUUUAUCUCAGCGUCCAGGUCAGAGUCGAGUCAAAGCUCAAAAAAAUACUUGUUUCAGAAAUCAAUGGAUGGACAGGAACUGGCUUUGGAACAGCAUGAGGCUGAACAUCGUGCUCCCGGGAACAGCACGGAAGAGUAGUGGCUGCGUAGCAGGUGUCUUCCGAGCGCCAGGAGCUUUGGAUAUGUAAUCAUCUCCUUUCACCUCCACGGCAGGUCCCUGAGGUGAUUGCCCACAGUCAGUAUCAAAAAUCCAAAAGAAUCUCCAUCUUUCUGAGCAUGCAAGAUGAAAUCGAGACCGAAGAGAUCAUCAAGGACAUUUUCCAACAAGGCAAAACCUGCUUUAUCCCGCGGUACCAGUUCCAGAGCAGUCACAUGGAUAUGGUGAGGUUAGCAUCGCCCGAGGAAAUCUCUUCACUUCCCAGAACAUCCUGGAAUAUUCCUCAGCCUGGUGAGGAUGAGGUUCGGGAGGAGGCCUUGUCAACAGGGGGACUUGAUCUCAUCUUCAUGCCGGGUCUUGGGUUUGACAACCAUGGCAACCGUUUGGGGCGGGGCAAGGGCUACUACGACACCUACCUGAAGCGCUGUCUGCAGUCCCAGGAUGGGAAGCCCUACACCCUGGCCUUGGCUUUCAGAGAACAGAUUUGCCCCCAGGUCCCAGUGGAUGAAAAUGACGUGAAAGUAGAUGAAGUCCUUUACGAAGACUCCUCAGCACCUUAAGUCCUGAUGACGGCAGCCAAAUAAUCAAUGUUUUGCACCAGAGAAAAGCAGAAUACGUGUAUUUUCUCUUGUGAGAAAUGAGUGGAAAUUGCACAUGAAUGUGAAUACAGGCCAUGUUGUUCUUAAUGUAAUUAUAAGAUACCUACUGUGAAACAAUUUUUAAAAGUCAACAGCAGUGUGAGUAAUAGAACAUUGAUUAAAAUGGGGGCUAUCACCGUAUGA